AUGGAGCGGGAGUUUGUAGAGGACAUGGCGGCCUGGUCUCGGCUGCAUGAGCAGAUGCGAGCCUCAGCCGAGUUCGAUCAUGCACGGAUCGAGGAUUUCGAGGAAGCACCGCUAAGUCAGUGGUUGAGACCUCCUGCAGAGUCGAGCGGCCCCCGGGAAGAGGGCAGCAAUGAAGGUGGGGAAGCCAGUGCUGCUGUGCUGGAGCUAUGGCGACCGGCCUGGCUUUGCUGGGAUGCAUCCGCUGAGGCAGCUGUGAAGAUCAUGCCAGACAGGCAGCCUUGCCUGACUUCCAUGUCGCAGGAGAUGCAAAGCUUCAGGGAGCGGGUAGAUGCAGCUUUCGGGUGGCAUGGCAAAGUGCUAAAUGCCCAGCGGAGAGAAUUCCGAGCAGCGGCGCAAGUCUCGUUGUUGCGCCGCGGCGCAAGAAGCAUAAGCGCUUCGCCAGACGACGGGAAAAGUGAGUUGCUGCAAACGCGGCUGUUUUGCUUGCUGGCGGGCGAGCUCUAUCGAUGUCACGCUGGUUGUCUCUUCGAGUAUGUCAGCGGUGCAUGGCGCCCAUGCGCUACUGGCCUGGCUCCAGAUCGCCUGGAGUUCGUCUUGGACGGACUGCGGCGUGCGCAGGCGCACCUCAGCGUGCUCUCGAAGGCGAAGCCGAAGAGAAACUUCGAGGACAUGGUAUGGGAGUUGCGCGUCGUCGAGCGUGUGGCUUUCGACGAUGUCCUUAUGAGGUGGCAGCUGGAGGACAUUGUGCCGAAAAAGGCAGAUGUGCGAGCCAGUGACUGGCUGCAGGGACUGGCUGAACUAUGCCGCAGCCUUCGACACACCUUUGCAGAGCACCACAGGAGAAGUUUUCACGGCGCGGGCUUUCGCAGGACUAUUGUGAAAGCCUUCCUGCGCUGGGGUGAUGAGCCGGUGGAUGAGAAACAACAAGCUGGGCUCUGCUUUCAAGACUGCUACCUCAGCACUGUGGACGGAAGUGAUGCUCGUCGUGGGUGCUACAUGUGGAUACCGGCGGAGCUGUCCAGCGCCCCUGGAGUAGAGACACGCUGCCGCUAUGCUGCAAUGCUGAUGGCUGCUUUUGCCGGCGGCAAUGGCUUGCAGGUGCUGCUAGACCAGUGCGCUCUAGUGGUUGCGCGGACAAGGCAGCCCGAUGUCAUGCACGUCGUGGUGGGGGAAGGCCACGAUGGGAAGACCUUGGUGUUUGUGGACCACAUGCGCGCAGUGUUCGGCUCGGGCUUCGGCAACUGCCCUUGUUCCAUGCUGCAAGUCGAGAGAGAGUUUCAGGUCCAGGGAUCCAACUUCGUUCACGCUGUAUGGAUGGCUUGCGACGAGGCCAGGAGGCAGCAAGGUGUCUGCGAGGACUUGAUGAAAAAUUACAUUGGCGGCGGCUGGCUCCCUUUGAGGAAGAACCACGCGCAGGAGACCACUUAUGGGUGCUGGCGCUACGCUGGAAAGGUGUGGUGUAUGAACACCGCUGACAUCCCUGAGAUCCCCACGUCAGAAGAAAGGUCUAACGCACGGAGGUUUCGCUGCACAUACAUGAGGAGCCGAUUCGUUCCCCAGUCAGAGGCUGUCAGUGUUCAGGACAAGGUGUUUGCGGCGGACGCGAGGGCAAAGGACUUCAUGUCCAGCGGGGCCGCGGUGUGGUGCUUUUACCACGACUUCUUGUUCCCUCACAUGAAGAAGUUCGGAGUCCAGGCUUGCAGUGGCCGAUUGGAGAGCCCAGGGGCAGUUUCGACCACGACCCUGGACACAAAAUGGCUUCUUGCUCGGAUGAACCGCUCGAGCAAGGCAGCGCAGCCAGAAGAGGAUGCUGCUGCCCGUCCAUCCGCACCUGCGCGAUCGGAAGAGGAAGCAGCGACCACGUCUGUGGCGGAGAAGAUUGUGAGGGAGACGCACAAGAUGUUCGCUGGCCAGUACUUCGGGACGGCGGAGGUGAACCGAGCUGCCGUGGCUGCGAAUCCAGGCGUGGUGCCUGCGAAAAAAGCACGGCCAGACGGCAGCAAGAAGCUGCGUGUGGAUUGGCUGCGGGACUCGGUGGCUUCAUUCCCAAACAUCAUUCGGGUGGUGACUGGCAAGCCAAGAUCCGGGAUCGCAAGUGAGCGUUUCGAGCGCAGAUUGCUGGAUGUCGCCGAGUGGGAGCGGUGUCUAGCGACCUGUGCUGGAGAAGGUUCAUUCGUCCAAAUUUUCGGUAGUUGGCCCCAAUGGCGGUGGCAUGACCAGAAAGAAUGGGUUGAUCCUGUGCGGCAACUGCGUCGGCUCCCAGACGGACGUGACCGACGACAAGUGCAAGUUCAAGACUUUGUGGCUAUGUGCGAAGCGCAGGGCAGACAGAGUGGCAGCCUGCACCUGCUGCUGACAGUGGGGCACCAAAAGGUGGCCGCAGGCCGAUCGCUGGGUCGUGUGUUCUUUCCGUGGCUGAGCGUCCCCAACUUGAGCCGGGAAGCUAGGCGUCACGCUGCCCCAGCCAAUUCCGUGGAGUUCGACAUCCCCAAUGCUGUGGUGCACUUCGCCGUGCAGCUUGCAGAGUCGGACGGGCUGGAGAUGCCGUGCUUCAAGUUAUACUGUUCGUACAAAGAGUGCUGGCGGCGAGCUGUGGCAACCUGGUACAAGUUGCAGGAGCAGGACUCGAAGAAGGAGCUGCUGAGGGCAUGCUUUGGAUGCACUUAUGCUCGCAGGGUGGAUGGAGAGCUUCUUGCUUGUCCUUUGUUGGAGGGCUUGGCAGUGGAGUCUCAUCGACUCCAGGCUCGACUUUGCGAACAGCACCCAGACUUGCUGAAGUGCAUGCAGGAGUCGGGCAAGCCACGACCGGAGGCGUCGGUGCUGGCAUACAUCUUGUUUGAGAUGGAGAAUCAAAAGCUGAGGCAGUUUGUUGAGUUACUUCCUCGUCACAAGUUUGCCAUGGUGGCGCCUGUAUUUGAUGCCGUCGUGGCCGCCCCAGACCCAGACGGAGAUGCGGAGACCUUGGUGGAGGACUUCGAGAUUCUGACGGGGAUUCGCAUGCAGGUUGCCAAGGUUUGCACCGAGACAGCCAGUACCAGUUCACUGCAGCAUUGGCUGAGUGGCUGUGAGGUUCCAAAAGAGGUACUCGUCAUUCCUGGCCGCUUUGCCUGCGUUCCCUCUGCCUUGGCCAACUUAUUUCCUGAGACGGAAGAAGCGCUGGCUCGAGAGUUUGCCGGACAGGACCACCCUAUUUCGUACAAGGAGGUUGCAAGCCGCGUGUCAGGCUUGUGUUUGCGCUGCCUGUCUGCUGAAGAGGCGCCCAGCCUUCCUGGCGGCGCACGCUGCCUGGUGCACGAAUUUUGCCCCGAUGGAGACGAGAUAGGUCACGCAUAUGGGGCCUUGGUAGGCCCAGAGACCGUGGUCAUUGUCACUUCCAGUCCUUCUACCGCGUGGGAAGUGGACAAGCAGCACUUCUGGCAGAUGGUCAGUGGUGAGUGCCGCCUGCGAGUAUUUCUGGCAGAGUUGUCACUUGAUGCGAGACCCGACAAGCGGAGGAAGACGGAUACUGGCGGCGCGGACAUGGACGUGCUGGCCGGUGCUCGGCGAGGAGGAGAGGACGAGUCCUUGGCCGAGGACAUCAUUGGAGAAGUACGCGGCCUGAUGCGCGCGGAGGUGGAAGCAGAGGUGAUGCGUCAGAGCCUCAGGCGCCAGACUGCGUGCAGGAGUGAUGCGCACAAACAUGUCGGUUUCUGUUUGAUCAUCGGCGCACCCGGACCAAAAGAGGGGGGGGCUGUAGGUGUCAUCGACCAAGCAGGGUCGGCGAACCCAGAGCCGGGACAUCGCUGCACGUUGUGUCCAUUUCGGUCGUUCACUCGGAGGGCCCAUCUGGUGACACAUUUGAAGAAGCAUCACUUGCCCAAGGCGGAUUUCACGACCACCAAGCAGCAGUACUACUUGGCAUGUAGCGUCUAUGAGCAGCGCAAGGCAAGGUGUGGGGGGAGGCAGGUAGACAGCUCACGGGGCGGAAGAGGGAUGGAAUGCUUGCGGCGGGGAGCCGGUGGCGAGGAGGGCCUGCUUGCUUGCUCGGCAAGGCUGAUUCAUUCCUGGGCAUCGAUCGACGCCGAGUCUGAGAAGCUCUUGGCCAAGUACAACUUUGUAGACAUGGCGCUGGUGCUAACAAGGCAAGGGCCGCAGCUGGUGAUCAAGAAGCAGACCGACGCUGCCAUGCGGGUGAACAAGUCCUUAUACAUGCACGGAGACUUCGCCGACAUGGUCCUGGCCAAGGCCUUGAAACAUCGCGGCAAGAUCCAGACCAUCUUCAACGACAUCACCAGCGAGUGGGUGUCCUGCGGCAGUCUGUGUGCCUGGAUGGGCUGCCGUCGCAGGGAAACUCGACAGCAGGUGCUGGACAUGGUCUUGGCACAGCCCAAGGUUGUAGGCCUUCAGGCGCAGCUGAUGGGAGAGGCAACCCGUCGCUCGGAGUGGCUGGUGUGCAGCCACGAUGCAACCUUCCAGGUCUUGUUCAGUGCCAUCGGCCAGAAGGCUGGCUUGUGA